UGGGCCAUGAUGCGCACGUGGGCCGGAUACAGCCUGAUUCGCCGAGCGAGGGAGGAACGGACGCACCGGCGAGAGAAGAUGCGGUGGCCGGCGGCGAGCCAAACCAAUGACGGCCGGUGACGAAAAGGGGGCUGGAGGCGAAGGCCGAGAGGGAGAGGCACCUCCGCGCCGGCGACGUCUUGCAGCGCGGCCAGGCAAGUCAUAACCGCCGCGCUACGGUUGGGGAUGAAGGGUUGGAGCCGCGGCAGACGACAACGAUGAGGUCGCGGGGAGGGCAGCCCGGCACAGGAGCCGGCGGCGAGGGUGGAGGGGCGGGACGGGGGCGCGUGGCGGCGCGGGGGGAUGGAGUUGGGUGCGGCUGCGCUCCUCACGCACGGGCUCGCUACUGAUUGAAAGGUACGCGCCCUCCGCAGCCAACCGUCCCAAACCCAACCAAACUCUCCCUCUCCCUGCCUCCGCGCACACACUGCCCCUCGGAUUGGGCUUCUCUCGCCUCCGCGCGCCGACCAUGGCCUCCUCGCUCGUCUCGCGCCCGCACCUCUCCGCGCGCCCCGUCCGCGCCGCCUCCCUGGCCUCCCCUUCCCGCGCCUGUGUCGCGGCCGGCGUGCGGUGCCAGGCGCAGGCGGCGGGGGACUUGGACCGCCACUACAUGCGGCGGUGCGUGGAGCUGGCGCGCAAGGCGGCCGGCCACACCAGCCCCAACCCUAUGGUGGGAUGUGUCAUCGUCCGCGACGGCCGCGUCGUCGGAGAGGGAUUCCACCCCAAAGCCGGCCAGCCACACGCCGAGGUCUUUGCUCUGAGAGAUGCAGGUGAUUUAGCUGAGAAUGCAACUGCUUAUGUGAGCUUGGAGCCCUGCAACCACUACGGGAGGACUCCUCCUUGCACUGAAGCACUAAUCAAUGCAAAAGUAAAGGAAGUUGUCAUGGGGAUGACUGACCCAAAUCCUAUUGUGGCAUCCAAAGGGAUUGAAAAGCUCCAAGGUGCUGGGAUAGAUGUGAGGGUGGGCGUGGAGGAAGCGUUGUGUCGCAAACUAAAUGAAGCUUACAUUCAUCGCAUGCUCAGCGGGAAGGCUUUUGCGACUUUGAGAGCUACACUCUCAAUGAAUGGAAUCGUCACAAACCAACUUGGGAAGGGAGCUGAUCUGUCAGGUGGGUACUACUCGCAAUUGAUGAAAGAAUACGACGGAGUCAUAAUUUCAAGCGACCUGGCCAAAAUGUCAACCUUACCGGUCUCGCACGAAGCUGGCGCAAACCAACCUCAGUAUAUCAUCAUAGCACAGGGAGAAAGUUCCCGACUACAUAUCCCAUCUCUCAGCGAAGAGCAUGCAUCUAAGGCGAUAGUUCUUGCUGAUAGCCCUAUCACCGUGGAGCCAGCCGGGGUUGAAGUCGCCGUCCUUCGUCAGAUAGAUCUAGACUCCAUCCUUCAACUCCUCGCACAGCGAGGGCUUUGCAGCGUGCUGGUGGAUUUCAGAGAGGCCGGGGAAAGCUUUGCGUCGCUUCUAAACGACUUCCAGGAGGAAAAGCUGGUUCAGAAGGUUGUCGUGGAGGUACUGCCUGUAUGGCUAGCGAGCGAAGGGCUCAACAACCUGGCGUUUGGUGGAAGCCAAUCGUUCCCGCUGAAGAACGUGGAGCACAGGGAGGUGAAUGGAAGUGUGCUGCUGGAGGGCUAUGUCUAGAAUCAUUUCUGCAGGAUGAUUGGUGACCUCAUGCCAGUAUGGGUUUGUCCUCCUGUAAACUGAUAGUCGUGUAAGCUUGGCUCGUAAGCUGCAACCGUGGGAUUUGUUUUGUAGAGUUGAAUCCAUGUCAUGAGAUGUUUGUGCACUACUGCUUCUCCACUGUUCUCAUCUGAUCGUCUCAA